CUUCCUAAAUAUAUAAAAGCAGCGAAAUUACGAUUUUCCAUCAUCAUUCAGUUGUGGAAAGUUGCACAGACAACAACAGACAACAGCUCCUACCUUGUUCGUUUAAACACAUCCUUUUGUUGUAAAUCUUAAAUUUCGCAAAAAUGGCAUUCAAGUUCGUUAUCUUCAUCUCAGUUGCAGUCUGCAUGACCUUUGCCUAUCCAGGUUUUGACCAUUAUCAAGGUCUUGAAGGUCAUGAAUACGAAGGCGGUGAUUAUGGACAUCAAGUGGCGCGAGUGUCCCUUGGUGAUGAGCAUGGACACUAUGAAGAUGAGCAUGUUGAUUAUUAUGCGCCACCAAAAUAUGAGUUCAAAUACGGUGUAAACGACUUCCACACUGGAGAUGUUAAAUCCCAACAUGAAACUCGUGAUGGAGAUGUUGUCAAAGGACAAUACUCCCUGGUUGAACCAGACGGUUCAAUCCGCACCGUUGACUACACCGCCGACAAGCAUAACGGAUUCAAUGCAGUAGUACACAAAACAGCACCAGUUCACUCUGGUGGACACUAUUAAAAGAGGUCUUCCUUCCACCCUAACCACCAGAUACCAACUUACUAACAUACGUGCAUAAGUUCAUCUCUAUGCAACCUACUUUUUCACUCGCAUGAUCUUUCCUUCUAUCAAAAGAUACUGAUCUAGGCGAUUAUGAAAGAGCUCUCCCAUGUGACUUCUUUUUUAGAUUUUUUCUUGUUAUCAUAUGUUUUUAUUGUAAGUUUAAGUGCUUAAAACCAAAAAAAACAAUACAAGUUUUAACAACAUUUA